AUGCCGGCAUCCACAGAGUCUCAGGACGAGUGCGUUAGGACUAGUCGGAUCCUUCUGCGACGCAUGCGCCUCGAUGAUGUCGCCGACAUGCAUCUGCUCCGCGAACGCCCGGAGGUGAUGAAAUACACUCCAACAGGCCCAGCUACUGAUGUUUCGCAAACAGAGGAGUGGGUCCGCGGCUGCCUGAGCCGAUCCAACUGCUACAACUUCACCAUCGAGCUCCUGCCCACCGACCCGGAACACACCACAACCACAAAAGUCAUCGGCGUGCUGGGCGCCGCCCGUGCCCCCGAGAUCGGCUACCUGCUGCACCCCGACUACUGGGGGAAGGGCAUUACUACCGAGGCCGUCACGGCCUUCCUGCCCUUGUUCUGGAAAAAGUACGAUGGCGUCUACGACUACGCCACGGCCGAGAUCGACCCCGACCACGACGGCAGCCGCAAGGUGCUCCAAAAAUGCGGUUUUGUUCUGUGGAAAACCAGGGAGAAGGACUUUCAGAGCCCGACCUUGGGCUUGAGGGACACGCAAGUCUACCGCCUACCGCGGCCCAGCACAGGUGUAUAG